GCCCUGCCUGAGUCACGUGACGCCGUGUUAGCUCUGCGAUUCUGCUAUGUUUGUCGUUAGCAUUAAUGUUUUUAAAAUGUCAAAUUUCUCGCUUUGGUCGGUCCUCCGACGUCGAGGGGCGCGACGCGGCUCUUCCGAAGCCCGUUUUUUAUUUUUUUUCAUCGACGCCGGGACCGAAGGUUGAGCUAGAACAUAGCCACUGUUCGGUCGCAUGUCACGUGACCAGCAUGCGGCGGAGCAUUUGAUAAAAAGAUGGCGUGAGCGCGUCGGAGCGAAGAGGACAACAAGCCGCCGACAGACACAGCGACCAACCGACAGCCAGAUGGAUCCUGGACAGGAUUUACUUCUCGCUGCCCUAAGUGAGAGUGGCAUUUGCCCCAAUGAUUUUGGUCUAUUUGAUGUUGAGUCUCAGGAUGUUGCACAGUCCAAUACAACACAGCAAUCUAUCUCCAUCAAUGCCCUGGAUCUUGGAGCGGGGACAGAGGUGGUGGAAACUGAGGCUCCAGCUCCAGUCCCAGUAGUUAUCAGGCACAAACCUCAGCCAUCAACCACCACGUUUGUCUUAAAUCAGCUGAAUCAGUUGCCAACACUAGGAACUGCUGUGGCCAAGCAAUCGGUUGCAAACCCGAUCAAACAUACCAUAACUGUCACCAAGGUAGUCCAUGUCGCUAAUUCAGCCCUGAGAGGUUCAUCCUCCACUACAACGGCUUCAUCAUCCACAGUCGUCGUGCCUUCUAACAAAGAUCAGCAGAUUCAGUUGAAAGACCUGCUUAGGGCAGGCCAUGUGAAGAGCACUGGCCUAAAGGGCAACAGUCUGAUGGAGCUGAUGAAGCUGAAGCCUCCACCUGACAUCGCUCAACCAGUAGCAACAGCGACCGGCCCAAGUGACAUUAACAAUGGGAUCAAGAAGGAAGUCAUGGGUAAAGAUGCUACCAGGAUCUGGAUUAAUGAUGACAUUAAAAUGCCGAACUUUUCACUUUCCCAGAAAUCUGCAGGGAUGAAGGAGGAGGAUGAGCCUGAGGAGGAAGAGGAAGAUGAGUUGGGUCAUGCAGAAACGUAUGCAGAAUACAUGCCAAUGAAAUUGAAAAUUGGCCUUCGGCAUCCUGAUCCUGUGGUGGAGACCAGUUCCCUGUCCAGUGUUAAUCCCCCAGAGGUGUGGUACAGACUGUCCAUCCCAGAAGAAACCAUUGACCGGGGCUGCCUGUCAGCUCUGCAGCUUGAAGCCAUCACAUAUGCAGCUCAGCAACAUGAGACAUUCCUCCCUAAUGGUGAUCGAGCUGCCUAUUUGAUUGGCGACGGAGCUGGUGUGGGCAAAGGCCGAACCAUUGCAGGGGUCAUCUAUGAGAACUACCUUCUUGGCCGGAAGAGAUCCCUUUGGUUUAGUGUCUCAAAUGAUCUCAAGUAUGAUGCUGAACGGGAUUUAAGGGAUAUUGGAGCCAAAAACAUCCAGGUUCAUUCACUGAACAAGUUCAAAUAUGGCAAAAUCUCAUCAAAACACAAUGGGAGUGUGAAAAAAGGGGUGAUCUUUGCCACGUAUUCAUCCUUGAUAGGAGAGAGCCAGUCAGGAGGGAAAUACAAGACGAGAUUUGACCAGCUUCUCCACUGGUGUGGGGAGAAUUUUGAUGGAGUUAUUGUUUAUGAUGAGUGCCACAAAGCCAAAAAUGUUUGUCCAAUUGGAUCGUCCAAACCUACAAAAACUGGGCUUGCAGUGUUGGAACUGCAGAACAAACUCCCCAAGGCUCGGGUUGUGUAUGCAAGUGCUACAGGUGCCUCUGAACCUCGGAACAUGGCCUACAUGAACCGACUGGGUAUCUGGGGUCCCAAAACACCUUUCAGAGAAUUUGGCAACUUUAUUCAAGCUGUUGAGCGCAGAGGUGUUGGUGCCAUGGAGAUAGUAGCUAUGGACAUGAAACUCAGAGGGAUGUACAUUGCCAGGCAGUUGAGUUUUACAGGUGUGACGUUCAAAAUUGAGGAGGUUCCCCUGACUCAGCAGUACAUCCACAUGUACAACAAAUCUGUGAGGCUGUGGGUGAGUGCACGGGAGAAGUUCCAGCAGGCUGCCAAUCUGAUGGACGCAGAACAACGCAUGAAGAAGUCCAUGUGGGGCCAGUUCUGGUCUGCUCACCAGAGAUUCUUCAAGUAUCUCUGCAUCGCAUCCAAAGUCCGCAGAGUGGUGCAGCUCGCCAGAGAGGAGGUUCAGAAUGGAAAGUGUGUGGUGAUUGGUCUGCAGUCCACUGGUGAAGCAAGAACACUGGAGGCUUUGGAGGAAGGAGGUGGCGAACUGAAUGACUUUGUGUCGACUGCAAAAGGUGUCCUGCAGUCCCUGGUAGAGAAACACUUUCCAGCCCCUGACCGACAGAAGCUCUUCACCCUGUUAGGCAUUGACCUCUCAGCUAAGAAGUCUGUUAUUGACACUACAGCACAGGCUGAACAGAAGGGCAAGAAAAGAAAGGGUUCAGAAGUCAAAAAGCAGCAGAAAAAGAAGCCUCGCAAGCACGGCGGCCUGUCGGGCACAAGCUCAGAGGAGAGCCAGUCAGAGGAUUCAGACAAAGAGUCUGGUAAAGACAGCGACGACAGCUUCAAAUCUGUCAGCUCGGCUGACGAAGACGAUGACUUCAAUCCGUUCAGAGACGAGUCGGAUGAUGACGGGGAAGAUGAUCCAUGGCUUAUCAGAAAGGAACCAAAGAAAGGGAAGGAAAAGAAGAAGAAAAAGAGAAGGAAGAGCAUCGAUCCAGACUCGAUUCAUAGUGCCUUGUUAGCCUCUGGGCUGGGUUCCACCAGGCCCGCUUUCACUGCCUCAACUACUAUUGCCAGUGCUCCUGCCACAGUCAAGGCAGAGAGUCAGGAUCCCUACCUGACAAGUCAGGAUGCAGUGGAACAUGCCCAGAAAAUGAAGAAGGAACUACUGGAAAAACUUGAGAAGCUGGCAGAGGUUUUACCUCCCAACACUCUGGACGAGCUCAUAGAUGAACUGGGUGGACCCGACAAUGUAGCUGAGAUGACCGGUCGUAAGGGUCGCGUGGUCAGCAACGAUGAUGGCAGCAUCAGCUACGAGUCUCGUUCCGAGCUGGACGUCCCUGUGGAAAUCCUCAAUCUCACAGAGAAGCAGAGGUUCAUGGAUGGAGAGAAGAAUAUAGCCAUCAUCUCAGAAGCUGCCAGCUCAGGUAUAUCCUUGCAGGCCGAUCGUCGAGUAAAGAACCAGAAGCGGAGAGUCCACAUGACACUCGAGCUGCCGUGGAGUGCAGAUAGAGCCAUACAGCAGUUUGGGAGAACUCACAGGUCAAACCAGGUCACAGCUCCAGAAUAUGUCUUCCUCAUAUCAGAGCUUGCAGGGGAGCAGAGAUUUGCAUCCAUUGUUGCCAAAAGACUUGAAAGCCUGGGUGCUCUCACUCACGGAGACCGAAGAGCUACAGAAACCAGAGACCUGAGCAGGUUUAAUUUUGACAACAAAUAUGGCAGAAAUGCUCUGGAAAUUGUGAUGAAGUCAAUCGUGAGGCUCGAUACUCCACUCGUGUCUCCACCCUCUGACUUUAAAGGGGACUUCUUUAAAGAAAUCCAGAUUGGAUUAAUAGGUGUGGGCCUCAUUAAUGAGGAGGAAAGGUCUGGCGCCCUGACACUUGACAAAGAUUACAACAACAUUGGGAAGUUCCUUAACCGUAUCUUGGGCAUGGAGGUCCAUCAGCAGAACGCCUUAUUUCAAUACUUCUCUGAUACACUUGCUGCAGUCAUUCAGGAAGCGAAGAAGAAUGGCAGAUAUGAUAUGGGGAUUCUUGAUCUGGGUUCUGGUGAUGAGAAGGUGAAGAAAGUAAACUGCAGGAAAUUUCUGACACCAGGCUACACCACAUCAGGACAUGUGGAACUGCACACUGUGAGUGUAGAGAGGGGAAUGUCAUGGGAGGAAGCCACACAUGCUUGGGCUGAUCAGAACGGACCAGACGAUGGUUUCUAUGUACAGAUGAGGAACAACAAGAAAACAGCCAUAUUAAUUAAAGAGCUGAACACCAAGAAGAGGCUGUUCCUAGUCUACAGGCCGAACACCGGGAGACAACUCAAACUGGAGACGUACACAGACAUCAAGAAGAAGUUUAAAAAGGUCUUGUCAGAAGAUGCCAAACAACACUGGACGGAUCAGUACAUGUCUUCUGCACAUAUCUGCUCUCAUGCAUAUUGGCGGGGAAACUGUAAGAAAGUAUCUGUGGGUCUAAAGUGUGAAGUUGGCCUUCGGUGUAGGACGUACUACGUUCUCUGUGGCUCAGUUCUGAGUGUGUGGAACGAGCUGGAAGUAGUUCUGACUCCUGUCAGCGGAACCAAUGUCAAGGUGCAGAUUGUCCGUCUCAGAACAGAAGACGGACAGAGGAUAGUCGGUCUGUUAAUUCCAGCCAACUGUGUGUUUCCACUUAUUAACAAGCUGUCAACAUCGGACCAGUGCCAGCAACUCGCUGUGCAGGAGCAGCAGAAGCGACAGCAGCUCCACCCUCAAAGUCUGAGUCACGCACCCAACACAUAGUCGGGUGGACCACUCCCCUUCGUUGGCGUCAAGCCUUUCUCCUCCCCUCUAGGCCGCAUCCCAUUCUGAAGGGAUCUGGCUCUGGUUAAUGUCUCUGUGUGCACUACAGGCUCCAGGACCACUGUUCCUCAUUCUGCACCCCACCCUUCCCAUCAACGCUGAGGGUCAGAGGUGUCGCGGCACCAAGCUGUGGUGAUUGUCAGUUGUAAAGGAGCGGUUGUACAGAGAAAAUAUUUCAGGGUUGUUUGUUUGGUUCUUUUAUUUUAUUCUCUGUAGACUCUUGUUUUCACCAAGAGAGAUUUGACAGGUGAUGUAUUUGUCCUCUGACAUUCAGAGUGAAAAGAUUAGACAUUAUUAUUGAUCCAGAGUUUAAGCAAAGAGGGCAUUUUGGCCUGUGGCUGUUAUUCACGCUUAACCUGUGCUUUAAGCUAUUUAGCCCAGAUCACCUGGUAUGAAGUGAAGACUUGGUUUCUUGGUCCAGACCAAAGAAGGAUGAGACAAAGAGUUCUUCUGUCAAAGUCUGACAUCUUCAUUCAUUCACUAAAACAACGGCAUUUAUUACUAAAGUUAUGUAUGCUGAGAACCGUUUACAACUCUGCAGACAUUAUUCACGUUCAUGUGGAGAGGGGAGUUGGUAUGAAGUCGAGGAGGUGCAGACCUUUAGUUCAAUUAGGUGCUGGUGAACCUGACGUGUUUUCAAAUCUUUCUGAUGCUCCGUAGCUGUUUCCUUCACUUUUCUUCAGAGACCAAAAUGUCAUUGUCGUUUUUUCUGUCCAUCGUCGUGUUGGUGUGACACUGACCAAAAUUCCUCUCUUCCUUUUCUUCAAUUUUCAUAAUUUUGUUGUGCUUUGUCCAUAACAGCCACUUUAUUUUCCCUGUUUUCAAAUGUGCCCACAUGUGGGUACAAACAGCCACUGCAGUUGAACUCCUUUACAAAGAAAACAUUAGUUUGCUGUUAAUUUCUUUUCUAUUUAUAGUGCGUAAUAAAGGGUAAACAACAAAAAAGUGUUGACGAGACACAACUUUAUGUCCUGAACACCUCAGGCUGAAUUUACACACAUUGGAUAACUGGUUUAAGGAGACGUCAGUAUUGUAUUCAUUAUAAAGUCUGUUUAGCUUUUAUUUUAUUUUAUUUUAUUUUGCAGUUACCACACACUAGUAAAUGUGAGUCCAACUAUUGAGGACAUUUUAAUAUUAAUGUUUAAUAUUAAUGAUAAAAAUUUCUCUUGACAAUAAUUGAUAUAAUGGCUGUAGACGUCUUUCACAAAUUGAUUAAACACAAUGGAUAUUCACAGGAGUUAAAUUAACAUAAUAUACACAUCAUACAAUUACAUAAUGUUUCAAUUUACAAAACGUCUGCUGUUGAUUUCUUCUACUUCAUCUCACGUUAUCAAAGUACAUAUUCUUGAUUUGAUUUUUAAGAACCACCACCGGUCUCCACCUUGACUUUACCUCAGUCAACAAUUUUCUCCUCUGGUGUGAUGUUGGUGAUAAGUGUGUGGCUGCACUAGCUAUACUAGAUUAUAUAAAGCAACCGAGAAAUUCAGAGGAAUGAGAAAAUGCUCUUGACAAAGAUUCACUUGUUUGUUUUCCCCGUUUCAUAGCAGUUACUGCAUAUAUGCAUUUUCUUUUCUUUCUUUGCUUUAAUUCACUCAGGGGUUGAACUUGUAUAAUUUAAAAAAACAUCUUUUGAAAAACACAAAUAUAAGGUUUUACAGUGUACCCGAAAUGCAUGACUUCUACACCUCUUCUCAGUAAUGUUCCUCUCUGAUUCUGUCUUUAGCUGGCUCUACAGCUCGUUAUCUUUGUAGUACAUGUUCUUUAACAUGCCUCCCUAAUGCCUCUGCUUCCUUGAGCCUGGUCGUAAUUUAAAUCAAUGAUGGCUUGUUUAAUCCCGCACCUUGUUGCCUCCUCUGUCUAAUAUUGCAUUCUCCUCAAUCUGCACUGGAUGAAACGGACUCUCAUCUGAUUUAUGAGCGGUCCUCAUGAAAGAUGUUUCACCUGUGACUUAAAUACUGGUGUUCAGUGUGUAUUCUCUCUUGUUCUUCUUUGACGCAUUUUAAGACGAGUGAAAAAGGAAGCAAAAGUCUUUGUACCAUACCAGUGAGCAUUUUGUACGAUUUGUAAAACUAAUUUCUUCGCGCAGCAUCUAUUGGACAGUAUUGGUAGAUGCCUCAUUAAAAGCAUGGGGUCUUUUCUCCGUAAUUGCGAAACACAAUUAUAGUUUUAAAAAUGCAUAUACGUCGUCUAUAUAUUGAAGCCAACACAUUUUUAUUUGCUUUUUCUUGCUGUUCUGUACAUGGGCUGCUGAUGUAUCAUUGUUUUCAAAUGCGGUGGAUGUGAUGGCAGAUCAGCUCUUCUGAAGUAGAAACACUUGAACUAUUGUCGUCUAUUUUUUUUUCUUUCUCCCCUUCGAACAUUGCACGAGUUGCACUACUGACAUGAGUUGUACAAAAAAUUUGACAUUACCUGUACAUGAAUGAGUCUGAUGCUCAAUAAAGCUUGGUAUACUUCUA